CCAUAGCCUCUGCCGCCUAUAAAAUAUGGGCUUUUCUGCUCAACUUUCACCGCAUCUCUCAUUUCUGAUAUUUUCAUUCGUUAGGGUUUUUCUUCUCUAGUUUCUCAGUUUAGUUUAAUGGCUGCCGAAGUUGAGUAUAGUUGCUUCGUCGGUGGGCUCGCAUGGGCCACCACCGAUCGAACACUUAGCGAUGCUUUCUCUACCUACGGCGAAGUAGUCGACUCGAAGAUCAUUAACGACCGAGAAACUGGUAGAUCUAGAGGAUUUGGCUUUGUUACCUUCAAGGAUGAAAAAUCCAUGAAGGAAGCAAUCUCAGGGAUGAACGGUUCGGAACUUGAUGGCCGUAGCAUCACUGUUAACGAAGCCCAGGCCCGCGGAAGUGGAGGUGGUGGUGGUGGUGGCGGUUUCGGUGGUGGCAGACGCCGUGAAGGCGGUGGCGGUGGUUACGGAGGAGGUGGCGGCUACGGAGGUGGCGGCGGUGGCGGCUAUGGAGGUGGCAGACGUGAAGGAGGUGGUGGUGGCGGCUACGGAGGUGGCCGACGUGAAGGUGGUGGCGGCGGAGGUUACGGUGGUGGUGGAUAUGGCGGUGGUGACCGUUAUUAGUUUGAUAGCUCUGAACUAGGCCUAUGGUUUAUGGCCUUUAUAGAUUAGUUCUUUAAUAUGGUUUAGGUGAGAAGUUCCAUACUGUUAAGUGUGGUUUUAAGUUAUUGUUCCUUAUAUUUGGUUUGAUGAUAAGAUACUGUGAAUCUGUAUUUUGCGAAGUUCCAUGCGAAUCAAGUAAAUGACAGUUUGCGUCA